AUGAAGACAGAACUAUCGUCAAGGCGGCAUAUCGCAUUGGUUAUGGAGAAAAUCUCGGUAUUACUACUCAUGAUUACAGUGAUUGCGUUCGUUACAGGCCUAAGGCAAUAUGGCCGUCUAAUGGUGGAGCAUCCGAGCAGUACGCUUAAGGAUGCAGAGAGUACUAACCUCGACGGCGUUAAAGUUUCUGGUCCCAAUCGCAAGCUUCUUCUUAGUCACGAAGCGGCUAAAGUGCAACCGAACCGAAUUUGGGGAGACAAAUGUUCGAAAUCAGAUAUAAUCAUUAACCAGGGUCCUACUUCUCCUCUCCCAAGCGGCAUCCCGAUGUACAUGGUGGAGAUUGUGAACAUGUGCACCACCGGCUGUGACAUCUCCAACAUCCACCUAUCGUGUGGGUGGUUCAGCUCUGCUCGCCUCAUCAACCCCCGACUGUUUAAGCGCCUUGACUACGACGAUUGCCUUGUUAACAACGGGAAGCCUCUGGUUAACGGACAUACGAUAUCGUUUCAGUAUGCCAACACCUUCCCUUACCCACUUUCCAUCUCCUCCGUGAUGUGCUGA